AUGGCUUCACAGGAGGACACACAGGAGGGGGAUGAAAAGGCACAGCUCUUGGCAGAGGCAUUCCAGAAGGAAGGACUGGAUGCUGGAUACUGGCUGCCCAAAGCUUCACAGAUCCUGGGAAUCAAAAGCAGAGAAGCCCUGCAACAUGUGGGAUAUAAAGACUACCUCAGGCUGGAGUGUGAGGUACAGCACCCCUGGGAGAAAAAGGCACUCCAGAAACUCCUGAAAAUAACAGAUGGCAAAACGUGUCAGGAGAUGCAAAAGCAUAACUCGGAGAAGACAAAGCAGAAACAAGAAGAGGCCAAACAAGCCCUGAAGGAUCUGACAGAAAUGCUCAAGAGCCGCAGCCACAGCCAGGAUGCUCUGAGGGAGAAAGCAGAGAAUCUGUGGCGAGCCAUGGAGAUUCCCAAAGAGUUCUGGCCACAGCCAAAGAAACCCUUGGCAGAUAUGCUGGAGAGCAUCCAGAAGCAGCUGGAGCAGCAGGAGCUGUCAGCAGGCAGAGGGGAGAACAUCCCUGACACGGAGGUGCUGAAGCGGGCGUCAGGGGGACUGGCCCUGCAGGGCAUCUACAGAACCAGCAGACCUGAAGAUGUGCUGGCAAAGCGAGAGCAGCUCCUCAGGGUUCCAGAGGGAUUCCAGCUGGCCGGUCCGGAGCAAGGAUCGCUGCUUGAGAGGAAGGAGUUCUCCUCCUCUGCAGCAGAAUCCACUUUCACCAAGUCCAUGGAGCAGCUGGGGUUCAGUGUAAGUGUUUCUGCCAAAUGCUCAUUCUGGGGGAUUAAUCUGGGUGCGGGUGUAGAUCACAGCAGCUCCUCACAGUCACAGGACACCCAGCAGUCCCACUCUGAGCAGAGCUACUUCUGCACCACCAAGUACCAGUACAUCCCUCUGGCCUCCUGCUACUUCCAAAGGCAUCAGCUUCGCCUCUCGGAUGCGGCUCUGCGGGUGUUGCAAGACAUGGAGCAGCAGCUUUUGAGCUUCAGCUGGGAAGAAGACAAUACUACCUUGGUGAAGAUGUGUGAGAGCUUCUUCAGCAGGUUUGGAUCCCACAUAAACCAGGGUCCCCUCCACUUUGGGGGGAUAUUCUGGUGGAAGGCGUCUACAGAAGGAUUCCGAGCUGAGCAGCGGGAAGAGAUGAAGCGACAAACGUCUGAAGCACUGAACAGCUUUGUUGGAGCCAGCUGGAGUGGCUUCUGGGCCAGUGUAGAAGGGACCCUGAAUGUUUCUAAAACCAGCUCACAGGCUUCUGUCCAAGGAAGAGCCAGAGAGGGUUCCCAUACAGCGAUUCAGCUCUAUGUGGUCAACACAGGGGGCCCAGCAGACACAUCUUCCCUUCCUCAGUGGAAAAUAGGGCUCAUAUCUGAUAACACAACGUGGUGCGUUAUCGACCGUGGCUUUGAGCUGAUCCCAGUGUGGGACGUCAUCCUGUGCAAUCACUGCAGGGAUUUUAAGUCUGCUGGUCAGAUGAGCAGAGCCCUCAGGGCUGCGUACAAAGCGCUGACGAAUCAGAGCAUUGGCACCAUUUUUGGAGAGGAACUGGGCAGUGCAGUGCAAGAGGCCAGAGAUUUCAUGGGGACUGUGAAGGCCUGGGAGGUGACGAAAGGGGAUGAAAAGAAGUUGCUCAUGCUGUUGGAGCUGAAAGAUUAUCUGAGUGCUAAAACCAGAAACCCCAGUGUGUGGAUUAACGUGUGCCUGUCAGACAAAGCCCUGCAGGAGUUCCUGGUGAACACCGUGCGGAGCUGCCAGGAGUCACCUCCAGAAAACACCAUCUUUAUCAAGGCAAUGUUGAGAAGCCUCCUGAAUCCUCAUAUUUACUCUGUCAAGGACUUCUCUGAGGCUUCCUCCAUUAUGAAAUGGGUCUUCCAGACUGAGCACCCACUUCCCAGAUCUCCCAAAGUCUCUGAGCUUCCAGAGCUCAUCCAAACACUGCAGCAAAUGAAGGAGCACAUCCAUGCUGUCACCUAUGCACCAGGAAGCUCUGCUUCUGACGUUCAUGAAGCAAAGAUAGAAGCCACCCUGACCAGCAGCCUCGCCAUUUAUUCCUUACUGCAGUCUCUCCAGGAACAGGCUCAGAAGGACAUGGAACUCUUGGUGCUCUUGAUUGUGACCAGCACAGGGUACCAGGUGGAAAGCAGCACUUUUCAGCACCUCCUUGGACACCCAGAAAUUCAGUACAUGGCCAAGGAAAUGGAAGCGGCACACAAGGAGUACGUGAACCUGAAGGAGCAAGAUGCCAGCAGAGCUGAGGCCUUCCUCCUGCUGACGGGUCUGACUGUGACACCUGAAAGUCAAGAGUUGUCCAUUGAGCAGAAGAGGGAACGAUUCAUUUUCAUGGAAGAUCACAUGAAAGGCUUGUGGUCCAAACGGAUAAAGAAUCUCCUCCUAAAGCAGAGUAGAGACAAAGACUGGGAGAGGCUGGAACGGGAUUUGGAUUCCUUGAUCAGUGGGUGCUUGGAUGACAAAUGGGAUGAACAGAGGAUGCAGAACAUACUCAGUGACCUGGAAGACACUCUUCCAACACCUGAGGCCCCCAGUCAGUCCCAGUCCAAGUCAGACAACAGAGAAUCCAAAGACAACGAUGCCACUUCAAACCAGGAGUUCCUCCAGUUGCUCAAGCGCCUUGGACUGGAAAGUCACUAUCCAAGGAAAAUGGGGAUGGGAGAUUUCUGCACCAUCUGCAAGACAUCUCUGCAGGACAGCCAGCCCAGCCAGGAUAAGGAUCUGCCAUUACACUUCUUGCAAAAGCUGUUAACUGUGGAUUACCAGGUGAGGUACCUGACUUGCUGGGAAAGGAGCAACCCAGGCCUUGCAUGUGCACCACAAACCAGAGAGCAAGAGCACAAACAGUCAGACUCCUUUGAAAACUUCCUUGAUAAGCUGAUGAAAGCAGCCCCUGUAUGUGCAAGCAGGGAUGGCCAUGUGCACCCCAUGGACCUGCAGAUGGCCAUCUUCCAUUGUGCUGAUGACUUCCUGAGGCAGACCCUGGCAACCAAGCUGGCGUUCUGCCAACUGGCGCUGCCUCUGCUGCUGCCCAACCCAAACACUUCACACAUCGAGUUCCCGCUCUACACCCUCAGCCAAAUCCAAAGGAGCUGGAAAGAAGUGGAGAAGUCAGGAAAGCAGGCCCGAACAAAGAGUUACAACAACAAACUCAUCUUUCAGGCACAGACACCCAUCGUGUCCUUCAUCCGCAUUGGCAGCUCAGCCUCCUCAUCCAAGUCCCAGCUCCUGAACGCUCUGCUGAGCAAACGCAAACACGACACUUUCUUCCACCGCCACUGCAGAGGCAGCACCAAGGAGCAUUUGCUGAUGGAAGGGCUGGUGGAGAUUGCCUGGUACUGCCCUGGUGGAAACCCCAAUGACACCUUUGAGCGCUGCGUGGCUUUCUGUAACCUGCAUGGAGAUGCCAGGGAUCAUGGAGCACAGCUGCAGUUCCUGCAGGAGAUAUCUGCUGUCAACGUGGCUCUUGUGUCCGAUUGGGAGCACGUGGACAACAGGGGCAGAAAGCUUCUGCAGGACCUGUGGCAGUCAGAAAGGCCUUUGGUUUUUCUUCUCACGGAACAAGAGAAUGUUGAAGCUGGAGAAGGCAGCAAAACCAUAACAAUAGGGAUCAAGAACAGAAACGAAGCAGAAGUGAUGGACCAGCUGACCAAGACAAUUGGGGAUCUCCUGGAAGGGUCGAAUCCAUGUUUCAGCCUGGAGGCCUGCAUGGACAAAGCUCGCCAGCAUGGAUUCAUAGUGGAUGCAGAUCAACCCGAGUGUGUGACAGCCAAAGCAAAGGCAAAGGAGCUGGUGGAGCUUCUGAAGAAAGAGAAGCUGUCUGAGAUCAAAUCCAAGCUGCUGCCGCUUCAAGGAAAACUGUGGUACCAGUGGUGCCAAAAGGACAAAGAACUCACUCGCUUGCAGGAGAAGAGGAACAAGAGCGUUGAGCAUCAUCGAAGCCAAAUUGAAAAUGAGAAGAAAGCAAUAAGAAGAAAGCAAGUGGAGCAAGCUUUCCCUCUCAACCCACUGAUGAAAUCAUUCCUUGGUUUUCUCCAGGCCCAGCCAGCAGACACCAAGAAAUACUUCCUGCAGUGGAUGAAGGUCUUUAUGGAUGAGCUGUCUUGUGGUCGCCUUGAAGAGCUGAGGAGAGACUAUCACAAGUUAUGGUCUGAAAUCCUGAUGAGAAAGAAAAGCAAGAAAGAAGGCAGUGGUAAUGAUGUAUUGUUGAGUCACCUGGAUGCCCUCUCUAAUGAAAUCAACGAUUCAUCCAUUGGCCUGGAGCACCUUCUGAGAGAGGUAGGGCAGAUUUAUGAAGCUCUGCAAUUAACGAAGACAAAGAAUGAGUGUUUUGUCAAACUACCGGAAAUUGCAGCAGACCUGAUGGUUUCAGGGUAUCCCAUGGAGCUGAUGGAUGGGGACGCUUCUUACCUGCCCUUGCGCUGGGUGGGAGCAAUCUUUGACAGCUUAAUUGAGAGGCUGGGGGACAAACGAGUGUUUGUGCUCUCCGUGCUCGGCAUCCAGAGCACAGGCAAAUCCACCCUGUUGAAUGCCAUGUUUGGCCUGCAGUUCAACGUCAGCGCAGGGAGAUGCACCCGCGGAGCCUUCAUGCAGCUCAUCCCAGUGGCCGAGGAGCUGCAGCAAGACUUGGGCUUUGAUUUUGUGCUGGUGGUUGACACAGAGGGACUCCGUGCCAUCGAGAUGGCCAAUAAACAGUCCCUGAACCAUGACAAUGAGCUGGCCACCUUUGUCAUUGGUGUUGGCAACGUCACUGUGAUCAAUAUCUUUGGAGAAAAUCCAUCAGAAAUGCAAGAUGUUCUCCAGAUUGCUGUGCAGGCUUUCCUGAGGAUGAAGAAAGUCAAUCUUUCCCCAAGCUGCAUCUUUGUCCACCAAAACGUGGGAGAAGCAACUGCCAAGGAGCAGAACAUGGAAGGACAAAGGCGUUUGCAGGAAAAUCUGGAUAAAAUGACUGUGGUAGCUGCUCAGCAGGAAUUCUGUGACAUCUCCUCCUUCAGCGAUGUCAUUGCCUUUGAUGUGAACACCCACAUUCACUACUUUGCUCACCUGUGGGAAGGAAACCCCCCAAUGGCACCACCCAACCCCAACUACAGCCAGAAUGUCCAGCAACUCAAGAGCCAAAUCCUCCAGGCUGCCAAGAAUCAGUCUCAGUGCAGCAUUUUGAGGUUCUCGAGUCUGAAAGAUCGUAUUGGUGACCUCUGGAAUGCUUUGCUGAAUGAAAACUUUGUCUUCAGCUUCAAGAAUUCCCUGGAGAUUGCUGUGUACAGGAAACUGGAAAGUGCCUUUAGUCAGUGGACCUGGGGGCUGAGAAGUCAGAUGUUAGAUGUACAGAUGAGGCUGGUCAACAAAAUUCGGAAUGGUGACUUGCAGAAUGUCACCAGAGCACACCUUGAAGGUCUGGUGCAAGAGACAAGUGAUGCCAUUGAGAAAGAAGUGGAAAAGUAUUUCACGGAAGACAGAGACCGUGAGACACUGAUCCAGUGGAAAUCAGACACGGAGAGCAAGCUGAAAGAACUGAAAAAGACUCUUCUUGAUGAAACCAAAAAGAAAUGUGAGAAUCUUAUUGAGUUACAGAAGGAACAGAAGAAACUGGAUGCAAGGAAGUUGCAAUAUGAAGAUGAGCUCCUGAGAAGGAGUCGGGAGCUGGCUGUGCGUCUGAAGGGGAAGAGCCUCAGUGAGAGAGAACUGAAGGGCAACUUCACUCUUGUCUGGAACCAGUGGAUUGCUGAAGUCUCCUGUGCUGCUCGUCCUCAGGAACGGGUGGAUAUCAAUGCUGAAAUUGAAGAUGUCCUUGUAGAGCAUUUUAAGGAGCCAGGUAUCCAUGCACGCAUCAGGUCGUUUCCCGGAGGCAGAGGAUUUUCUUUUGAUCCAGAGAAACACAUUAUUAAGAAAAGGUAUUUUGGCUAUUUCUCAGAUCCUAGAAGGGUUUCCAAUGCUGAUGUGAUCAACUUUCAGCACAUCACAGACAACAUCAUAGAGCGUGUGAUAGCAAACAUUUCUAAGAAGGAAGAGGAGAAACGGGAUUACAGUCGAAAUUUUAUUCAUGAAAUACUCAAUGAAGUACAGAAUGGUGUGAACUCUGUCCCUAGCAAUGGGAAAUGUAAUUUUAACAGAGAGUACAGCAUAGACUUGUCUCUGUAUCUGUGCAGAAUGGCAGCAGGAAGGUUUAAAGCCAUGCAUGAAGCAUUCCAAAAGGCAAAUGACCCAGUUGUGUACCUGAGCAGCAAGAGAGAAGAUUUCUUCCAAUGUUUCCAGAUUUCCUGCCAAGGAGCCACUUCUGUCACAACUUUUGCUGUUUUCCUUUGUGACAAGAUUGAACCAGCUCUUCGCGAGGCGGUCUAUGAGAGGACGGCUAAAGACAUUGCUGAGGACAUGCGGGACAACAUCCCAGAUUUCCAGGGCAGCAGAGCCAAUCUGGAAGUUUGCAUCCUGAGAUACCUGGCAGAACAGGAAAAUUUUGAAUAUUUCAAGCAGUACUUCAGGUCUCCAAAACAGUUCUGUGAGAGUUACAUUGAGACACAAGUUAGGAAACACUGUUUAGACGGGAGUAGGAGGCUGAGGGUAUUUUCAGAUUCCUGCCUUGAUCGUCUCUAUCAAAAAAUCCAGUCAGCUGUUUCAAAAUCAACCCGAGCUGUCAAAGACAGAAAAGACAGAGAAGACAAGGUCUCUCUCUGGCUGGAUGAAUUUUGCAGGGAACUGUCAGAGGUGAUCAACUUGCCCAGAAGUGACCUGAAGGGCAUCGAGCACCAGGAGGUCACAGACAUUGAGUUCCUGAGCAGUGCCAUGGCACAACCUCUGGAUGACCUGAGGGAGAGGCUCAUGAAAGAAUUGGCUGAUGCUGACCUGAGCUCGUUUUCAAGGCAGCCUCACACCAUCCUGGCAGAGCAUUUUUCGAGGUGCUGGGCACAGUGUCCCUUUUGUGGGGCUGCCUGUACAAACACCAUAUGGAAUCACGAUGGAGACCAUCAGCUGGUCUUCCAUCGCCCACAAGCUUUGAUGGGAUGCACAUGGUGGAAAUGUUCAUCUGGCAUGGAGUAUGAUACACAUGAACUGGUCAUUGAUAUUUGUUCCAGCCUUGUUGCAAGUGACUGCUCAUUCAAAUUUGGUGGUGGUCCAUGGAUCCCUUACAAAACAUACCGUGAUGCUGGACCUCCUGUUUCCACUUGGAACAUUCUUCCUGAUUCCUCCAUGCAGGCGUACUGGAAAUGGUUUGUGUCUCAUUUCAGGACACAGCUGGAAGCUUUGUACAAUGGGAAAUUUCAGGGCAAAGGAGAAAUCCCUGAGGCCUGGCAGAGAAUUACCAAGCAGGAAGCACUGUCUGCACUGAAGCCGCGUUAGGCCAUGUCCAUGGGGAGGAAGAAGCACAGCAGCUUUGCAGUUUAGGAGAACUUUGUACCAGGCUCUCCACAAAACGUAGUUACAAUGAUGGCGCUCUCAAGACCAGUAAACACAAUGGUAUCCAAUUGCUCCCAAAACUUGGUAAAAUAAGGUGCAUUACUGCACCCAUCACUCAGCAACUCCCUCGCUUCAUGAGAAAGCCAGAAUCCUCUUGCCUGUUUGCCAUAAACCUUUCCCUCGGUUUUCUCCUAGAGCUCAACCAAACUCACUCCCUUGGGGUGAUCAGCCUCAUGGCCAAGACUGAGCCCAAGGGCCAGGGAUGGGGCAAAGACAGCAUUCAAAGCACUCCUUGGAUCAGCUGUUAUGAGACAAGAAGUGACAGUGCCCCAAAGGCAGUUUUCCUGCACCAAGGAGCUGUCCUGCUUGGAGAAAGGGCUGCAGAACAUGAGGCCAGCUCCACGCUGGCUGCAAGCUGGGCUGCUUGGCUUUUGGGCAUCAUCCUUCCCCACUCAUUGCAGCCUCCUGGAUCAACUGAGGCCAUUCUCCCAGCAGGAGCUGCUGUGCCUCUGCUUUCAGGAAAGCAGUGACAUGACUGCCCCGGGUCUCAGGCAGUGCUUUCACUCCCUGUCUCAGGGGUGCUGUGUCUCUGUCCAGGGCAGCCGCUCCUGCUCAGGUGCCUGGGGCUGCUGCCCUUCCCUCCAGCCCUCAGCCCCAGCCGGAGCUGCUCCUGCCCUUGGCCUCGCUGCUGAGCAAAAGCCUUUGGAAUGACCCUUGUGGAGAAUGCUGGAUUUUCCACACAAAGACUCCUCUCGCUCAUUGGUGAAGCAGUGAUUACAACGUCCGGGCUCAGGCAUCUGGUGGGCUGAGGGAACUGUCUGUGUGGCCUGAAGCAGAGACGCUCUUGGGAAGGUGACACCCCGACAGCACCUGCCCGUGGGUUCCCACACACACCAACCACAUAAGACUGUCACUACACCCCCAGAGCUGAUGGCUCAGCUCAUUAUAAAAGCCAGAUCAUGCCUCAAAACCUUAGCAGGGUGUGAGUUUGCACAUAUUUACCUUCCACUGACAUCAGGAGAUCUGGAACCUUUGCUCCUGAUCAAUGAACACCUCCAGUUUGCUUCUGACAGCUACCCAGGUCAAAUCUCUAUCCACCUACAGAAACAUAAGCUAUUUAAUGAGGGUUUUAAUUUAGGUGCAACAUCAUUAAAGAGUCUAACUGCUUUAAAGGCACUGACUGUUUUUACUGAUGGCUCCAUAAAAUCCCACAAGUCAGUUAUGACUUGGAAUAAUCCUGACACUCAGGAGUGGGAGUCUGAUGUGCAAAUUGUUUAGGUAUCCCCACAAAUUGCAGAAUUAUCAGCCAUUGUCAGAGCCUUUGAGAAGUUCAAACAACCCUUGAAUCUGGUUACUGAUUUGGCCUAUGUUGCUGGAAUAGCUGAAAGAGCAGGACAACCCUUAUUAAAGGAAGUGCCAAAUCCAGAUUUAUACAGCUUGCUUUCAAAGUCAAAGUACCUCCUCUCCUUCCAAGGGCAACCAUAUCACAUUAUGCAUGUGAGAUUACACACUGCCUUCCCAGGACCAGUUACAGAAGGCAGCCACAGAGCAGAUACUUUUGCCAUGGCAGUACAGAACACCCUACGAGACAUUUUUUUCAGGCUAAAUUGAGCCAUCAGUUUUUUUCACCAAAAUGUACCAGCCCAUGUCCAUAUAUUUAAAAUCACAAGGGAACAGGCAAGAGCAAUUGUGGGCUCCUACCCCAAUUUCCAGGAUUUUGCUUUUCCCUCCAUAGGGGCAGGGGUUAACCCCUGAGUCCUCAAAAGUGUACAAUUGUGGCGAACAGAUAUUACACACUAUGCACCCUCUGGGAGACAGAAAUAUAUUCAUGUGUCCAUAGAUACGUUCUCUGGGGCUAUAUUCACAUCAGCCCACACAGGAGAAAACACAAAAGAUGUCAUCCAACAUUGCCUCCUAGCAUUUUCCACCCUAGACAUUCCCCAAGCCAUCAAAACAGGUAAUGGUCCUGCUUACACCUCCAAAAAUUUCUAACAGUUCCUAAAUCAAUGGCGGCGUGAAACACACCCAUGGCAUACCCCACUCCCCAACAGGGCAAUCUAUUGUAGAGAGAGGCUCACCAUACUCUCAAGAGAGUCCUUGAUCACCAGCACGGGGAAGUUGAAACACUACCGAAUGUAGAAAGAUUAUGUAAAGCUCUUUAUGGCAUCAAUUUUCUUAAUAAUUCAUUCAUGGAGCCAAACUCCCCCAUCAUCAGGCACUUCUCAAACACUAGCAGAGCUCAGCUCUUGGAGAAACACCCUGUGCUGAGCAAAGAUCCCAAAUCCAAGCAAAUAAUGAGCCCAUUUCCAUUAAUUACUAAGGGUAGAUGUCAUGAUCUGUCCUUGUGAACGGGGGUCGUGAUGGUUCGUUUCACUGAUCUCAGGGUGCAAAAACUGACACGACAAGGGGGGUUUUUCAGUAAUAAUCAAAACAAAUGUACCUUUAUUGAAUGACCACAGCCAAAUGCAUUAGGGAGAGGGGGAGUGAAGAAAAGGGAAAGAAUAAGGAGA